CGUGAAACCUGUCGCCAUUUUGUCGUCUUUCUUGUUGCAUUGAAACUACGAACAUCCCUAGAAUUAAAGUUCUCAAACGUAUAGACAAUUUACAGUCACUAGAAGUCCAGAAAAAUGACACUUACUGCAAUGAAUUGCAUGAAAAGAGUAUCAAAUCAUCAUUAGGCACACUUUGAUUGUAAUUUAUGAACAGAAACUUGAUAAUUUACUACAAUAAUUUGCACAGUAAAAUGUUUUUGAUGAAUAGAGGGUGUUCGUCGAAAUUGUGUGAGGUCAUAGUCUCGUUUUGAAUCCAGCAUGGGGAAAGAAAAAAAAGAAAAGCGAAAGUCUGAAGGCGAGGAUAUCGAUAAAGAGGAGCAAUGGGAAGAUAAAAUUAAAUAUCUAUCACCAAUAUCCAAUCCCCUGGCGUCCAGAAAACUUACCAAAAAGAUAUAUAAGAUCAUCAAAAAAGCAAAUAAACAGAAACACAUCAGGAAAGGUGUGCGAGAAGUGCAGAAAUUUGUACGUAAGAAUGAGAAAGGUCUUGUGAUACUAGCAGGAGAUACAAAUCCAAUAGAGGUGAUCUGCCACAUGCCUGUUAUAUGUGAAGAACAGGAUUUACCCUACUGUUAUGCUCCCUCAAAAGAGGAUCUUGGUGCUGCAUGCAGUUCUAGACGACCAACAUGUAUGGUGAUGGUUAAGCCACAUUCGGACUAUCAGGAUUUAUAUGAUGAACUGGAAACUGAAAUGAAGGGACUACCUAUCCCUAUUUGACCAACCUGAGACAGCAUUCAUACUCUACAAACACCUGGAAACCAAUUGUAGUUUUUUAAAUGAACACUGACUUGCAAUAAAAUUGAUACAAUGGUUUGAAACACUGACUUCUGAUGCUGAACUUUUUUUAUCAAAGUUGUGUCAGUAUUAACAAGGAUAAAGGAUUAAGAAGGAUUAUCACGUGUGUAAGGAUUUCAGAGGCAAGAUGUACAUUCCAUGGCAAAAUACUUCAUUUAAUGGUCAUUAAAUUAUACUUAUUUUCAAUUCACUCAUUUUCAAAAUUAUGCAAAAAAUCAUUAUCUAUAUCACAUUACUUUGUUUUGAGGAUUUAAUUAAAAGAAUCACAACUGAGUGAAAACUCAGAUCAGGACAUAUUUUAGUUUUAAGGGAGAAUAUUCCCAGUCAUGAUGAAGAGAUGACUUCAGAGCUGUCCUCUUGUAAGCAGAUAGUGUUCAUUUCAUAU